UUUAAAAGCUGCUGCAGGACUGCAGAUAUUCACAGGAAGUUGGACCAGCAAUGGCUCUGCUGAAGGUUCUGCUGCUCCUGGGGCUGGGUGUUUCAGUGAAGUCAAGUGUUUCUUUGCAGAAGAGAAUCAUUGGAGGUCAAAACUGUCAAGACACGGAGCGUCUUUAUCAUGUUCGGCUGGAGAACAUCAAGGGUAAUGAAAGGAUCCGCUGUGGAGGAUCUCUGAUCCGCCCUCAGUGGAUCCUGACUGCAGCUCACUGCUGGAAAUCGGAGCCAGGAUGGACUAACACUGCAUUCUUAAAAGUACAUCCACGGACUGUUAUACAGUACCAUCAGGUAAUCCGAGACGCUUCUGUGAUUUACGGCCCCAACCAUAACAUCAUGUUGCUGAAGCUUCAGACACCAGUAACAGAUGUCCCACUUGCUCGGCUACCAGACUGCAGUUAUCGUGUUAAUGUAGGCGAUGUUGUUCAGCUGGCAGGAGAGGGAGCAACGACAACCGGCCGCAAUAAUCGGCGAUUAACAGCUGCUCCUCUUCCAGCACAUCUUCAGUGUGUCGACAUGAGAGUUGUUCAGAGUUCCCUCUUUGUUCCGAUAACUGGGUUUGUAUUCUAUGCUGAAGCAUGGAACAAGGAUAUUUGUUAUGGGGACACUGGUGGAGCAGUGGUGCUCUAUGGCAUGAUUUAUGGUGUGAUUUAUUUUAGUGGACCAUACCAUGCAUGUCAGAGAUCAACUGCAAUUGUGGAUGUGUGUGAAUACAAUGUGUGGAUAAAACAAACAACUGGGAUUCAAUAAAACAUAAACUAUCAUGAAAUAGAAUUCUCAUCAAAUUUUCUCUCACAUAUGAUUGUAUCUUCAUCAGUUUGAUGCACAUCUUUGUAGAAUUAGAAUAAAUCAAUAGCUUUGUUUUUUCUCACCUAAUCUUGACCUCCCUAAUGGAGCUUUCUCUGCCUCAGAAAUGAAAAAUAAAUCAAUAAAUGUAUGAACGAGAAACA